AAAAGGAGGCAACAUAGAUGUGCAUCCAUCUGAGAAAGCCCUCAUUGUCCACUAUGAAGUGGAAGCAACGAUUCUGGGAGAGAUGGGAGACCUCAUGCUGGGGGAGCGUAAGGAAUGUCAGAAAAUCAUUCGGCUAAAGAGUCUUAAUGCAAAUACAGACAUUGCUUCCCUGGCUCGAAAGGUGGUUGAAGAAUGCAAGCUCAUUCACCCCUCCAAACUUGCAGAAGUAGAACAGCUGUUGUACUACCUGCAGAAUCGCAGAGAUGCCUCAGCGGCAAAAGAAAAGAAAGAGAAAUCCAAUAAGCCAAAAGAUCCGCCCCCAUUUGAAGGAAUGGAGAUUGAUGAGGUUGCCAAUAUCAAUGACAUGGAUGAAUACAUUGAGUUACUGUAUGAGGACAUUCCUGACAAAGUGCGCGGCUCUGCCCUCAUCCUGCAGCUGGCUAGGAAUCCUGAUAAUUUGGAAGAACUGCUUAUCAAUGAAACUGCUCUGGGUGCAUUGGCUAGAGUGCUGAGGGAAGACUGGAAACAAAGUGUGGAACUUGCUACCAAUAUAAUUUAUAUUUUCUUCUGCUUUUCAAGUUUUACUCAAUUUCAUGGAGUAAUCACACACUACAAAAUUGGAGCUCUGUGUAUGAACAUCAUAGAUCAUGAACUGAAGAGACAUGAGCUUUGGCAGGAAGAACUUGCUAAAAAGAAGAAAGCUGUUGAUGAAGACCCUGAAAAUCAAACCCUGAAAAAGGACUACGAGAAAACUUAUAAGAAAUAUCAAGGGCUGGUUGUCAAGCAGGAACAGCUACUAAGAGUUGCACUUUACCUGCUCCUAAAUCUUGCUGAGGAUACUCGCAUUGAGCUGAAGAUGAGAAACAAGAACAUUGUCCAUAUGUUAGUGAAAGCACUGGACCGUGAUAAUUUUGAGCUGCUUAUUCUGGUUGUAUCUUUCUUGAAGAAACUCAGCAUUUUUAUGGAGAACAAAAAUGAUAUGAGUGUUUUAGCAGUUUUGAAAAGGUGUUUGAAAAGGUUUGAAUGCUUCAGAUUGAAAUGGAUAUUGUUGAUACUAAAUCUGUCCUUUGACACAGGCCUGAGGAAUAAAAUGGUACAAGUUGGUCUGCUUCCCAAACUCACUUCACUUCUAGCAAAUGAAAACUGCAAACAAAUAGCAAUGUGUAUUCUGUAUCACAUAAGCAUGGAUGAUCGCUUUAAAUCAAUGUUUGCGUACACAGACUGCAUCCCACAGUUAAUGAAGAUGCUUUUUGAGUGUCCUGAUGAGCGAGUGGACCUGGAACUUAUUUCUUUCUGUAUUAACCUUGCUGCUAACAAAACAAAUGUACAACUUAUCUGUGAAGGAAAUGGUUUGAAAAUGCUAAUGAAGCGGGCUUUGAAAUUUAAGGACCCAUUGUUAAUGAAGAUGAUCAGGAAUAUUUCUCAACAUGAUGGGCCAACUAAAAGCCUGUUUAUUGAUUAUGUUGGUGAUUUAGCAGCUCAAAUAUCAAAUGGUGAAGAGGAGGAAUUUGUGAUUGAAUGCCUGGGAACACUUGCAAAUUUGACCUUACCAGAUCUGGACUGGGAACUUGUACUGAAAGAGUACAAACUGGUUCCAUACCUCAAGGAUAAACUAAAACCAGGUUCUGCAGAAGAUGACCUCGUUUUAGAAGUGGUGAUAAUGAUCGGAACAGUUUCUAUGGAUGACUCUUGUGCUGCUCUGCUGGCUAAAUCUGGAAUCAUCCCUGCACUCAUUGAGCUUCUGAAUGCUCAGUAGGAAGAUGAUGAGUUUGUCUGCCAGACCAUCUAUGUAUUUUAUCAGAUGGUCUUCCACCAAGCCACCAGAGAUGUCAUUAUCAAGGAAACCCAGGCUCCAGCAUAUCUUAUAGACCUGAUGCAUGAUAAAAAUGCUGAGAUUCGCAAGGUUUGUGACAACACUCUGGAUAUUAUAGCGGAAUAUGAUGAGGAAUGGGCUAAAAAAAUCCAGAGUGAGAAAUUUCGAUGGCACAACUCUCAGUGGCUGGAGAUGGUGGAGAGUCGGCAGAUGGAUGACAGUGAGCAGUAUCUGUAUGGUGAUGAUCGCAUUGAGCCCUACAUCCAUGAAGGGGAUAUUCUGGAAAGACCUGACCUCUACUACAACGCAGAUGGCCUAAUAGCCCCCGAUGGAGUGGUGAGUCCGGAUUUCUUCGGUGAUUACCAUCUUCAGAACGGUGACCUCGUUGGGCAGCAUCCCUUCUCUAGCACCCUGGGUUUGGAUGGAUUUGGUCAACCCCCGGGGGUCCCUGGCCGCCCGGCGACUGCGUAUGGCUACCGCCCGGACGAGCCUUACUACUACAGCUACGGAGCGCGGUAA